UGGCUCCUCUGUGUACACCAGCUGAUCGCAGAGAAGUCGGGUCCGUCAUUAUUGUUAAUGUUGUGAACAUCUGGGGGCAGCGCAGCAACCCGGGGCACGCGCGGAGGACAGUCAGCGGGAAAGAGCAGCGCGUGCAGAUGACGCUUUAGCUGGAUGAGGCCUAUUUGUUUUGGUUGCUACAUCACCAAGGCCUACCUGCGAUGCUAAGCUAACUGGCUAGCUGUCACCGUCAGCAGGAUUCAUGAGCGUGAAGUGCUGGUGAAAGGAGUGAACGGCCUGGGAAUAUCUUCCCGGCCACUCGACCAAAGAUGGAGGUCUGACCAACGUACACACUUUUGAUAUUUCGCUAACGGCCGCUGUUAAUGGGAAGCGAGUGGAAGCCAGUGUAGCCUGUCCGGUGGUCACUGACAAGAACGUCUCGUGCCAGCAGCGCUCUCGUGCAACUAGAAGAUGUGGCUGAAACUGUUCUUUUUGCUCUUGUAUUUCAUGGUGUUGUUCAUGCUAGCGCGGAUUUUUGAGGCGGUGGUCUGGUAUGAGACUGGCAUGUUCGCCACCCAGCUUGUGGACCCAGUCACUCUCAGUUAUAAGAAGUUGAAGACCAUCCUGGAAUGUCGAGGGCUGGGAUACUCCGGGCUGGCUGAGAAGAAGGAUGUCAGCGAGCUGCUGGAGAAGUCAGGAGAGCUGACCCAAGGGGAGCUGUAUUCAGCCAUCAAGAAAGAGAAGGAGCAGACCGAGGCAGGAGAUGCCAGCACCACACACUUCAGUGGAGAGAUGCACUUCUAUGAGUUGGUGGAGGACACUAAAGAUGGGAUCUGGCUAGUUCAGGUCAUUGGCCAGGACCGGGAAGCUCUGCUCAGUCAGCCAAACUGGGGGAAGAUGGUGCAGAAAGUGUCUCAGUUUGGGAUCAGAACUGGAACCUUCAAUUGCUCUAAUGACUACAGGUCGUGUAUCAAGCGUGGCUGGCAGCGCUCCACUCUCAUUAUGUCUGUUCCUCAGACUUCAGCAUCCAAGGGCAAAGUCAUGCUGAAAGAAUACAACGGCCGCCGCAUUGAAACCGAACACAUCUUCCGCUGGAUGACCUCACAUGUGGCUCAUCGAAUCAAAACCCUUCGUCAGUCUGAGCAACUGGUGGAGGAGUGGCGCUCUGACCCGGCCCACCCGGUAAAGAUGUUUCUGUUCGCCCGUCUGGCCCAGCCGCCCGCCUUCUUCUCCUCUCUGUCCGUCAAAUUCACCGGCAGGAUCGAGUUCAUCUUCGUGGACGUACGUCACUGGGACAAUCACAGCAGCCUAUCGGAGAUCGGUGUGACACAGAGCCCCGCCUACAUCCUCAAGAUGCCUGAGGGCAUUUAUCGCUAUGGCAACAGUACCGGGGAGUUCCUGUCCCUUGCUGCCAUGGAUACUUUCCUGCGUUCGGUCCAGCCGGAGGUCAAUGAUCUGUUUGUCCUCAGUCUGGUCCUGAUCAACUUGCUGGCCUGGAUGGACCUCUUCAUUACACAGGGAGCAACAGUGAAACGAUUUGUAGUCCUGAUCCGAACACUAGGAACCUACAACUCCAUACUGCUAGUGUCCUGGCUUCCUGUUCUGGCUCUCCUGCAGCUGCCCUAUCUGGACACCCUGUAUGGUUACAGUCUGAAGCUGCUACGUUAUGCUGACACCACCACACUGGCCAGCCUGGUGAGAGCUGACUGGACCUUCUACUCAUCCCACCCAGCUCUCUUCCUGUCUACCUACCUGGCCCACGGCCUGCUGGUCGACUACUUUGAGAAGAAACGCCGCUGUGGCGUCAGAAGCCAAGAGGACAGCACCACCAACCUGGAGUGGCUGGCCAGUCUGUGGGACUGGUACACUUCCUAUCUGCUCCACCCAAUCGCAUCGCUACAGCAGGUCCCAUCUGACCACUCAGACUGGGAGGAUGAUCCCAACUUCUUAUUUGAGCGCUUGGCAUUCCCUGAUCUCUGGCUUCGCCCCUUAGUAAACAUGGACUACAUUAAAGCCCUGCCGACCUGGAGGUUCAGAGCUGUUGUUCAGCAGGGGGAGGAGUCUGAUGGAAAGCUGGAAGAAGAAACCGACAGCUCACAUUCAGACACAGAGAGUAGGGAGCCUGCAGGGCCCAGCAGACCUCCACACAGCGGCAACAUGCACAAGAGGUCACAGUGCAACCAGGACAGCAACACACAGCUCUCUGUGCACGGUAGCAUGGACUCGUCCUUAUUCUGUCGUCAUGGUAACGGAAGCUCACCGCCACCAUCUUACAGCGCACCUGAAGGCGUCUCUAACCAUCAGCUCUGUGAUUGGUCGGUGUGGCCCUGUGACGUGCUGCAGUGUUCGGAGUGCGUGGUGUGUCUGGAGAACUUUGUGAGCGAGGAGCUGCUGAUGGGCCUGCCCUGUGGCCACGCCUUCCACCAGCACUGCAUUGUGGUGUGGCUGGCAGCCGGCAGACACUGCUGCCCAGUGUGCCGCUGGCCCAGCUAUAAGAAGAAACAGCAGAGAGCUGCUCCACUGAAAACUCACCGCAGCACUGAUGGUGCGUCUGACUGAGCCCCUCUUCAUGUCCUCUCUGCUCUCACUGUUUAUUGAGACGCUGUCUGUUGUCAUCACGGUUUGGUUGGAGUUGGGACUGGGGAGGAAUUAGGUAGAAAAUAUUGUCACUAGGUGUGAUCGGGCUGUUAAAAAUGUGCUGAACCUAUGGAAGCCCAGCCCCCACACGUUCUGUGUUGAGAGGAUAUUGAUUCCCACAGUAAGCAUAGAUGUAGUCACAGUAAACGUCGUAGUGCAAUAAAACCAUAUUUCUAAUUUUGCUUUUUUCAUGUACCAGAGUUCUGCUGUUUCCAGGACAGAGCUCACCGCAGAAGCAUCUUUCACAUGGCGUUGUGAUUACAGGCAGGACAAGAAGCUACUUACUUACUAACAAUAUCAAGCUAACUACGUCUGAACACACUGUCUGCUCCACCCUGUAUCGUGAUGGUGUCGGUAUUGUGAUUAUAGUCUUCUGUACUGAACCUUCUUUCUGGUCACACAGGAAAGAUGGAUCAGUCAGCACAACAGUACAAUAUCACACCCUAGUCCUUCUAGUUCUAACGGUACUGACAUGACCUCCUCAGAAUAUAAAUUUUUACAUGACCUAAGUAUUUAUUUUGGUUAUCCAGAGACCGUUUGCUUAAACCCCCACUGUCAAUAGUUGCUACCUUAAAUCUGCCUUGUCACCGUUUCUCUUUAGUGUGUUUAGAAAUGCAGCACUCGAGCAGCUGUCACUCAGAACCCAAACCCUGACAGUUGUGUUAAACGUUGUUUUUAGAUGAGUAUACAGAGUACAGCUUGUGGAUAGAGUUCCUAAUCCCUGAGCCCUGUGAUGUAUUCAGCAGCACUUCAUCUGGAUCACUGUCAUUGUGACAUAAACCUCCCUGCUUCUAACCGACCAGUUUGAUGUUCACUAAACCGCGGGGUGACAGGCUUUACUCAGGGUACUCUCAGCGAUGUGAUGAAGACAUGCGUACAUCCCUCAUGUCAGAGGCUGCUCACAUACGCACCGCCUCACUGGCAUUGUUUAAAUUAUAACAUAUGAAGGAAUCCUAAAGCUCAUGGAAGCCAACUCAACAUAACAUGGACCCACCAGACAUGAUGUUUGAAAUGUCAUCAGCAAGGCUUCAGACACACAGACAUGUUUUAAUAAUCCAUGUUGGAGAUUAAUGACCUCCACCGCCAGCCUCAGGCCACACCCACAUCAUUCCUCUGCACCUACCUGAUCACAGCCAGGGCCACAAGCAGCUGUCAUGACAUUACAUGUAUUUAGCUGACGCUUUAUCCAAAGCCACUUACAAUAAGGGCAUUCAGCCAUGUGGCGACAACCCAAAAUUCCUGGACUCAUGCAGGUCUUGAUCAAAUGUGCUGAACAGAGGAGGAGCUUUUUAUGGGCCAAGGUGCAGUCUGAACAGACCUCCACAUCACUAAACCAACUGAAAACAAAACAGUUGAAGCUGCACUAAUCAAUACUUUCUAUUAACAGUGGGUGAAAUGACUAUGUUUCAUGUGGAAGGUGUCACUCGUGACAAAUCCUCCCAGAGCCUCUUUUAGCCACCGUACACUACCUGCUCAGCACUACAGAGCCAGAGAGGAGACCAGACUAACUAACAGCUAACAGAGAGGCUGUUGUAGAGUGAAACCGUGCCCCGUUCAUUUCUGUUAUUUCCAUUUUAAGCGUGCUGAGGUGGGCCGGGCCUAAGCGUGCCAGCUCGCCUCCAAGCAGAUGGCCGACUGCAGGGGCGCCGACAAAACGUAGCAAAAUGGGGUUUAUUCAACGGAAACGGUGGUGCCUUGAAUACCUCCUUCCUACAGGGCUGUGUGGGGGAGCGGCUGUGUUUAUUUGUGCUUCAGAAAGCAGCCGCCGUGAAAUUCUGCUUCUCACUAAUUGCCUCUCCCUCUAUUCGCUCACUCUCUAGCUCGCUCGACCACCGCAGCUCUCUUGAACCUAUUCAUUCAGCCAGGUAGUCCUGUUAACAUGAUGGAGAUGCAAAUCCCUUCCAUGCCGAGUCAAGCCAAGCCAGCACACAUGCCAGGUAGCCUUCAUCCGGUACCACAAAGCCCUCUCCUGUGACCAUGUCCUGUGUCAGCUUCAUAGGGUGGUGAUGUGUCAGAUGUUGUUUGGAGCUUGCAAAAACAAACAAAUGCAGCUUUAACAACGUGGUGGUAUUAUAUUCUCAGUGCUGCAUCAGGACUGCCCUUUUAAUAGAAGUGUAUUGAUUGGCUCGAACAAGAUUCCACAGUUUUGAACUCUACUACAGCUACAGGGUCUUAUAUCAGUGCAAGGGAAUUUAAAUUUGAAAGGAAAUUAUUUAUUUUAAAUGUUUGACGUCGCUGUGAGCUAACAGUACAGGUACACAGUGCAGCUGCAGCGAUGAGUUUAACAUGGUCGGUAUCGUGUAUGAAGGUUCUGGUCUUAGGGGUUUACUCAGUGUGUGCUUUAUUAAUCUCCCUGUUGACUGGCAGGAGCCGAGCUGCUGCUGAGGGCUGCUGCCUUGCUCGUGGGCAGCUUGCUGCAGUAAACAAAGAGCCUCAGUCAGUCAUCAUGUGUCAGUGUCCUGCGGGGCCCCACGCUGAUGCGCAGCAGUACAGAAUAAAAUAGAGAGAACCCCAUCUAACCCUUGACUCAAUCGUUUGUAAUAAAAUAAAGCUCGUAUUAAAAGAAUAAUUAAAUGUCUUGUUAAAUUGAAGGAUUGUUGAACUUUGAGUUGUGGCUGAUUGACAUCAGGUUGGGCAGCUCCAACUUCUGCUGACAUUUAAGCCUAACCAAGUAUGUGGUCUCAACUUGUCUACAAUUAGGAAGGCAUAUUGACAUUUUUAAUUUAAGGUUUUUAAAAAGGUCCAAAAAUCAGCUUUUAAGGUGUUUAACAACAAUCAUUCAGCUCUUUCUGUCCUCUUUCUGUGUGUGAAGGGCAAGAAAACUGUAUGUAAAGCAGUAACACUCAUCCAAAAUAAAACAAGUGUUUCAGAACUCUG